GCAUUUGCACACCCAUCUCUUUUAAAGUUAAACUGUAGUGCUUACUGUUUAGGAUAGGCGUACAAGGUAGCAGAACUUGUCGGAUCGUUCAAUGGGGAGGUCUCCAUGUUGUGAAAAGGUGGGGUUGAAGAAAGGUUCAUGGACUCCCGAAGAAGACCAGAAGCUCAUGUCCUACAUUGAGGAACACGGCCAUGGGAGUUGGCGUGCCUUGCCUGCCAAAGCAGGGUUGCAGAGAUGUGGGAAGAGCUGCAGAUUGAGAUGGACCAAUUAUCUCAGGCCUGAUAUCAAAAGAGGCAAGUUUAGUUUGCAGGAAGAACAGACCAUCAUUCAACUUCACGCUCUUCUUGGAAACAGGUGGUCGGCUAUAGCAACCCACUUGCCCAAGAGAACGGACAAUGAGAUUAAGAACUACUGGAAUACGCAUUUGAAGAAAAGAUUAACCAAAAUGGGCAUCGACCCAGUUACCCACAAGCCCAAAAGCUAUGCCCUCGGCUCAGCCACAGGUCAGUCCAAGGACGCAGCCAAUCUCAGCCACAUGGCUCAGUGGGAGAGCGCCAGACUGGAAGCAGAAGCCAGAUUCGUCCGAGAAUACAAGCUCUCACCCCAUCCCUUCCAACACCAGUACAAGCAAGGACUCUCCGCCACCGCUCUGUCCAUUACCCACUCCUUGGCUCCACCCAAAACCCUAGAUGUAGUGAACGCAUGGCAGGGCCUGUGGUCAUCUGGGUCAACCAAUGAUUGUGCAGUUUUCGGAGACACGCUGUUCAACUCGUCAGAGAAUGCACUACCAGCUGCGCUCCCCAGCAGUACUCUAGGACUAGGCGUCAAUGAGAACUCCAUGGAAAAGGGUGAAAAUGAUUGGAAGCACUGCUUUGAAAGACAGAACAAAGUGCCAGAGUUAAUCAAAGAUAACGCAACCCCUUUCCCUGACAUGCAAUACUCCACGGACGAGUCAACAUGGAUUGCGGACUCUGUGGGUAACAAUAAUAUUGUUAUCUCCUGUGCCACUUUCAAUGUCGACGGUUUCUCUCAUCACCUCUUGCCUGAGAAUUCCUCCUUGUCCUUUGGGGCAGACUCCGAUAAUGCCAACGCAAACUGCACUGCUGGAUCAGCUGGUGGUGGUUUUGAAGAAAACAACCAUUACUGGAACAACAUUAUUAGCUUACUUGAUUCUUCUUCUGCUUAUUAUUCCUUGGAAAAUGUCUAGAACGGAUUCAACCCCCCACCUCCAUUGUAUUACCACUCAUGUCUUCACUUUAGACAGUGUUGUUAAUAAAUUUAAAUCUUUAGUUACCUUA